GCGAAUGCUAUUCGCUAUUGUACUCGUAAUUUCCUAUCUUUGGUUUCUUCACUCUGUAGUCCACUUUCUAAUGGGACUCAUUGGUUUAGUGAUGACUGAUGAAUCAAUGAGCAAGAUGUGGUGGAUUCAGCGGUGAAGUAUUAAUUUGAAUUCUAAAUUUCUGUUGUUUCUUAUAGUUUUUUUUACGUUUUAUCGUAAAGUACGCGUAUCGCAUCGCCUGUUCCCGCCUAAGUAUUCCCCAUAAUCCGGCGAUGUAAUUUGUUUUCCGGUUGGUAUCGAUGAUAUCACUACUUAUACGUCUACAAUAAUUCUAACGAGUAGUGACUAAUGCGAAUGCACCUUGGACCUGCUUCACACACCCACUCUCUUCGAGCGAACGCUUGCAGCAACACAUUAUACGUACGUACGUGAAAUACAAGUACCUAUCAUGGGCUCAAUGCAUCGAGAAAAAUUAGCUUCAGCUUUCGCGUAGAAAUUCGUGUUGUGGAAUAUUCAGACGACGAAGAGAUGUCGACGAGAUCUCAGCUCACCAAAGAUUUGAAUGAAAGCGUUAAACUGCUGCUCGGUAAACAUGUCAAGAUACUGCUUAAGAAUGUCGUCAAGUUCGAAACGAAGGCGGAAAAGACUGAAAACAGAGUGCUGGUGUUCUCGCCAUGUAGAUUUUUUCUGCUAACUGCCAAAAUUCCGACUCGAGUCGAUUCUCAUUGCCAUUAUUUGGAGAUUCAAGGCAUAGAAAGUCGAAAAUCGAAUCAAUUGUCAUUUGCGGUGAACGACAAACUGUACACAUUCUAUACCAGUGAAGAAUGCGGCAGCCAAGAAGUAGAUGCCAUGAUACAAGCGCUACAUACGGCCAUUCAUACUAUAUUCCCUGUGAUACCAUUUUCAUACAUAAUACGUAAAAUAGACGUGUUUCCGGAAAGUCGUGUACAGUAUUUAGACGAACCGGAUAGAUUUACCAACGAAGUGCGAGGUAUGGCUCCUUGCGGCGGAUUCUCCACGCAGUACGCGUGUAUGUGCGAUUACCAUGGCCUACCUUACCGUGAAGAAGUAGCGUGGGAUGUAGACACCAUUUAUCAAACUCAUAACACGAGGGAAUUAUGCUUACGCGAUUUCGAUUACCUGGAUCCCAAAGACUUAGUUCCGAUCAUUAGCGCCUUGGAAUUCAACACUUGGUUUACGAAACUUCGAGCCCAUAACAUAAAAUUGACUCACGAAGCCCUCGAAAGACUUUUACACGUUAUGAAGAAGUCGUUGAGCAUCGAAGAAUUAUACUUAGACGGAAUCGGAGUUCGAUGGGACUUCGCUCAUAAAUUAUCAUUAUCGUUGAUAGCGAACGGAAACACCAUGUUACACACUAUCGAUCUCUCUAACAAUUUAAUCGAAGAUAAAGGUGCUUCCAGUCUGUGCGGUUUUAUUGCGAAAAUCAACCAAGGUACUUCGCACAUUAAAAGUCCAAUAUCGAAAGUGCCGAAAGGUUUGAUUCAUUUGAGUUUAGCUCAUUGCGGAUUAACUUGCAAAGGGGUUAGUCACAUUGCUCACGCGUUAUCCGUCAACAAGUGUAUGCCCGAUACGUUAACGCAUUUGAAUCUUAGCGGAAAUAAUCUUAAGGACGAUGUUACGAACCUGUGUAAUUUUUUAGCUCAACCCAACGUGAUCUCUCAUUUGGAUAUUUCAAAAACUGAUUGCUCUUUAGAAACGAUUUUCGGUGCACUUUUGAGAGGCUGCGCCACCAAUUUGAUCACCUUGAAUGUUUCGCAUAACGUGUUCAGCACGAAGAAAAGUAAAGAAUUACCGCCAUCUUUUAAGCAGUUCUUCACCUCUUCAAUCGGGCUGAAAUCUAUCGUCAUGUCGUACUGUAAAUUACCACUGGAUGCGCUCAAAAAUCUGUUGUUGGGUUUAGCGUGUAACGAAACGAUCGCCGACGUCGCAUUGGACAUAAGUUGUAACAAUUUGGGAUCUCAAGGAGCUCACGUUCUGGAAUCAUGCGUGCACGGAGUACGUUCCAUAGCGAGUCUGGAUAUCACUGAAAAUAAUAUGGACGUUGAAUUAGCAUCAGUGAUCACGGCAGUCAGUAAAAAUAAGUCUAUAAAACAUUUUCAUAUGGGUCGAAAUGUAAUCAACGUACGAGCCAAACAUAUUUGCGUCAUCAUGGAAGCUUUAGUUCGUAUGAUUCAGGAAGAAGAUUGCGUUUUGCAGACAUUAUCCAUCCCAGACUGCAAGUUGAAAUCCGAUCUGUAUAGUUUAAUCAACGCGUUGGGCGGAAAUCAGUGUUUAGCAACAUUGGAUAUCAGUGGGAAUUUGAUGGGUGAUGCCGGUGCCAGAUUAUUAGGCAAGGCUUUGCAAAUCAACGCGCAUCUCAAGAAUAUUCUUUAUGAUAGGAAUAACAUCACCUUACAAGGUUACGCUGAUCUCGCUUACGCUUUAGAAAGUAAUUACACGCUCAAGCACAUGCCAUUUCCUGUUCAUGAUAUCGUCGCCUGUAUGAAAAUAUCGGCCGAAAAAACGGAAAAUAUUAUGAAAAAAAUCCAAGAUAUACUGCAUCGUAAUGUAUCUCCAAAACGAUAUCAUAACGGACACGCGUAUCGUUUGCAACAAGGUUUCCUACUGAGCUCCACUCAGCACGUGGUUGACAAGUUGAUCGGUCAAAUACAAGAAACUCUUAAAUCCGAAUUAACGCCGGACAAUCGCAACGAUCACGAUUUAGAGUACGCAUCCAGGCUCAUUCAAGAUGCUAACAAUUCGAAACAUUUACUAUCGUACUUGCACGAUGUAAUACUGAAAAAUGAACAAAACGCUGCAAAUCCAGUCGACGCCAAGUUACGAAGUGUCAGCGAAGAGCUUCAUUCCACCAUUGCCAAUCAUUUACGAGACACGACGGAGAGCAUAAUUAAAUGCGCCCAACUGGAGUGCCCUACGGUUUUCGAAAACGAACAAUUCCAACGCGACAUUAAAACGUUGGCUAACGUAAAAAAUUGUCUGGAAAAUGAAUUUGUACGAUCGUGUAUCGUCGAACAGGCCGGCGCUCAUAUAAUGAAUAAAAUAAACGACCUGAAUUUAGCAGUUGCAGCUCACGUUUCUGAUAAAGUUACCGACGAAAUAAUCGAAUCUCUUUCCACUUGUACGCGUUCCUUGGCUCGAGAUGGAAGUAAACGUAGAUCUUUGACGCCCGAUGUUUUACCUGGCAAACUUCGAAUGGGCUCGGAAUCUUCGCAUUUGGAUCAUUCCGACAGUCUUUCUAGUCUUCAAACCGACGAUCGCUCUCCUAUUUUAGAAUAUUUGAAUUUGGCGACUCCGCAUUUAAAUUUCAAGAGAAUCAGUAUUCACGGUAAACCGCGACCAAAGUCGGUGGUCGAUUGCGUUGAACUUGGUAUCUCAGUAGACGACAUUCCAAAUUCGUUACCUUGUCUACAGUCUUCCACCGAAGAGUCGUUGGAUUCAGUUUCGGAAUUGCCUCGUAGUGUAAAUCAACAAUUACAACAUUUGGCCAAAAGUCGACCGAAGAGAGCGAAAACCAAACCGCCGUCCAGAUCACAUAUACGUGCAACAGAAGAAGGCGUUUCCGAGGAUGACGGCGAUGGCGACACCAGCGUUAGCGCCAGCGCAACCUUGGUCGGUGAAACGCCUUUAUUCAAGUCCGGCUCGGCUACUUCGUCGUCGGCAACGCCGUUAAUUUCGCCCACAUCGGAUGACAGCGUUAGCUCAAUUCUGACCGAUGCGGUUACUCCUAGUCAAACGUCUCCCGUUAAUCCGGAUGGCAACUUGGAAUGCGAUCGCAAGAACGCCAGCGCCAUUUGCAGUCCCAAGUCAAACCACAAUUCAUUGCCGAAGAAAAGCCAUUUGCAAUACGUUGAAGAUGACGUUUCGCGUUCCAAGUCUAGCGAUAAUUUGAACAAUUCGGCUCAGAAUUACAGCGUUUCGCCGUUGGCGCGUAGAAUGGCCGCUGCGCAGUUUAGCGCUGCUCGUAACGAAUCUGGUGUCGCACGUAGCGGGACCGAUGAAAAUACGAGUAUUACCAUAGCGGACAAAAACAGCGCCAACAUUAACCAUAAUAACUACAACAAUACUACGAGUACUAAUAAGAAGGACGUUGAUAAUGGAGGCGGCGGUGGCGGUAGCACCACCAGUAUUACCAGGUCGAUUACAAGUGCUACCAUCAGCAAUGUGGAACCUGCUGCAGAACCCGACAGCGACUAUCUUCCAGAAAAGAAAUCGGUACGCGAAAUGGCCGCAUCGUUGAUUAAAAAUUCCAACGUGUCGCCGGCGCCCGGUGAUCAUCGAAAAAUCGAAAAUGGUUGUAAUUUCGCUCGAUUGCGUCACAAUUUAUUGCCAACUCCUUUCACGCAACCCUCUGCUUCUGCUUCUCAAGAUGUCGACAGUUCGAAAUGAUUCAGGUGCCAAAGAUGCCAGUUCGUGAGAGAAGCAAGGUAGCAACGGCAGUAACAAAGACUAGCGAGCCAUCCCAUCCUGCAACUAUGGUUGUUCUAUUCUUUUCUUUUGGCUGGUGCCGGUGACCGUAAACGAGAUCAGAUUUCCAUCUAGAAGCCGCACCGUUUAGUUAUAAUUUAUUAAUCGCGAUUAAUACCAAAUCUCGUCGAUUCGACGCCGUUCGCCAUUCGGUCAGACACUUGAUCGAGACUCGAGAGAGAGAAACAGAAAAGGCGAGUCAGGCCGAAUGAAUGAGCCAUUUUUUGAUAGGCUGCUCUCAUGUACGAGAUGUCGUCAAGAUGGCCAUGGUACGCAGUAAGGCUCUACCAUUGAUACGAGUUAAAUAGUCGGCCUGCGCCCUGCGCUUAAUGCCUCGGGCCUUGAGCCUCGAGCCGUCGCUUUAUUUUUUUUCCUCCAUUUUAUUUAUCGUUUUUCGUUCGUCGUGUUUCGUGUUCUUUCGUUUUUAUUAAUUUGUGUGAUAUUUACAUUCAUACCUAUACCCUAUACCUAUAUCUGCCUAGUCGUAUUUCGCUAAAAAGUAUUAAGGUAUCUAAGUUGUCUAGUGUCUACCUACCUUAUCUCGUAUAUCUAUCCUAAGUAUGUAUGAAUUACCUAAUUUUUACUUUGUGUCGACAAGCAUUCCGUGUUACUUUUUUAAAAAAUUAGGUACCUACAUUUUUUCAUUCGAGUAAUCGUUUUUUUUUCUUUUACUUUUCCUUCUCUUUCUUUCUUUCUUUCUCCCUGUUUUUAUUUAUUUUUAUUUUAGUACCUUUUUUUGCUCUCCGUGUAGUAUGUUUUAAGUUGAUUCGUACAUAAUAAAAAUGGUUUCGAGUUUUA